AUGGCGUUACGGCUUCUUGCCCUCCAUGGCUUCGGGCAGAAUGCGGAGGUCUUCAUUCAGAAGCGUGCAAAGGAGCUGAUCCGAAAGCUCAAGGGCACUGCUGUCCUUCACGCCAUCGACGCGCCGCACCCGCUGCCCUACGAUGCGAACUUGAGAGGAUGGUGGCUUUAUGGAUCGGAUCUCUGGGAUGGCAAAGCAGAGACGAUUCAAGCCUUGGCCGACACUUUGCUACAGCGCCCGAGCUUUCGCCCGGAAGGGCUUCAAGAGAGUCUAUCCCUGGUCCUGACAGAGUGGGAAAAGGGCUACGAUGGCAUCCUCGGGUUCUCCCAGGGUGCCAUCCUUGGCGCCGCACUUUGCGCGGAGCUUCAGCGAAAGGGCCUCCCACCGCCCAGAUGCGCCGUGCUCAUUUCGGGCUUUGGCAAGCCCGUUCCUGAAGGGGUCAUUUUUCCAUCUCGACCACUGCCGAUUCCAAGCCUCCACAUCUGGGGCGCGGAGGACGACCACAUCCCGGCCUGGGCUAGCGAAGCCUUGGCGACUCGCUUCGAGGCUGCGAAGACGCACGCCCACGGAGGACAGCAUUUCGUGCCGCAGAAAGCUGCUGACUUGAACGUCGUGGUCGACUUCCUCAAGAGCAGCCUCGAUCCGCCGGCCGCUUCUCCGAAACCGGAGAAGGCAGCAGCAACGAAGGCUGGGCUUCCUGUCUCGACUCGGGCGCCUUUGCCCGGACUGGAGGAGCUGAAGAAUGCUUUGUCGGCCUACCCGCCGGUCAAGAGCUGUGGACAGGUCCAUCCCCCUGCGGCGCAGCCAGCAGAAACAGCUGCAGCAGUUGAGUCGACGUCGUACUUGCCUGAGGAGCUGGCACCUCCUGGCACCGGCACCUAUGAGAGGCUCAAAGCGCUCCUGGGCGCAGCUUCGGCGGAGUUCAGCGAGUUGGGACCCCAUCCGCCCUGCCGGACCUCCGAGGAUUCGGUGCAGGUUCGCCUGGCGGGCGGAUGGUCCGACGUGACACUCCACAGUGGCGCAAAGGCAAUGCUCCUCAGGACUGCAGCCGGCACAUGGCUCCACACCGUUCUGCCGGCAGAUUGCAAGCUCAGCUGGAAGAAAGUUCGCGCUCUGCAUGGCAAGGGCACGCGGAUGGCUACGGAAGAGGAAGUGGCUGCAGUAACGGGCUGUUUGCCCGGUGCAGUUCCUCCUUUAGCUGCUUUCCCGGAGAAGGUGAUGACGGUGGUUGACAACACCCUGCCCGAGACCAUCAACUUCAACUGCGGUUUACGGACGCGGUCCAUGCAGAUGACGCGCAAGAUGUUCGAGUCCGUUCAGGACCUGGUCUUCGCGGACAUCAUCGAUUAG